AUGGCAAGAAGAGGAGCAUCAUCAUCACGUGUAUCUGCACCAAGCAAACCAACUACUGCAUCAAAGCCAGCCCCAAGCAAGGCACCAGCUACCACCUCUAAAUCCUCUACACCAACCACCACCAGCAACCAACAAUCACAAGCUCCACAAGUUGUCAUGCAAGGACCAGGUCUCCUCUCCACCAUGGCUUCUUCAAUGGCUGGUGCCGUCGCUGGUAAUGUUAUUGGUCACGCCCUCGUCGGUGGUGUCUCUUCCAUGAUGGGAGGUAGCAAUCAAGAAGCUGCUCCACAAAUUCCACAAACCACCAACGCUGUCGAUGAAAAUACUUGCACUCCAAUCUACAAGUCAUUCAUGACAUGUUUGGAAAAGAACCAAAAUGACUUGGCCUCUUGCCAAUGGGUCUAUGACUCUUUCUUGGACUGCAAGAAGGGUGGAAAUGGUGACAAGUUUUACUAA